UCCAAAAUCAAAACAAAACAAUGAAAAUAGAAUGCAAGUCCAAUUGCAUUGGAACCUUUUUCCUUGAUAUGAGAAAUGUGGAAAAUAAAAAAUAAAUAAAUAAUGCAAAGAUCUAUGACCCAAUGACAAGCCAAUUAGUAGCAAGAAGCUUGGGUCUGGGAAUGGCAUGGCCUGCUUCUCCUCCUCCUCCUCCUCCUCCUCUCUCUCUUACCUCAAAAACUCUGCAAUCCCACUCUCCCUCUUCUUCAUCUUCCUCUUCUUCCUCCUCACUACCCCACAUUUCUCCCCAAGCUACCCCUCCCCUCUCCCUAUAAUCCCCAAAAGGUCUCUCCUCAACUCCACCACCACCACUUCUUGCUCCUCCAGUCUUCAAACCCCCUCCAAUGGCCUCCUCAACUACCUUUCCCUCCAUUUCUGCACUUUCCACCAGACCCAUUUCAUCUCCAUCCCUUUCCUCACCCUCGUUCUCCUUCUCCUCUUCUACAUCCUCGUCAAGACUGCCCAAGAUCGCUUCUCUAUCGUCGUCACGAAGCUCUGUGCUCAUCUCAAUUUGUCGCCUAGUAUGGGUGCUGUGACCCUCUUGGCUCUGGGUAAUGGGGCUCCAGACGUCUUUGCGUCGGUGGCGGCUGUGCGUGGCGGGCAUCCGAGGACUGGUUUUGGGGCGAUUUUGUCGGCCGGUACGUUUGUUUCGGCGUUUGUGGUUGGGUUUGUGGCGAUUUAUGCCGCGCCGUUUUCGGUGGACCCGAGUCAGUUUGUGAGGGACGUGUUCUUUUACUUGGUGGCUGCGUUGUUCUUGUUCUAUGUGUAUUUGAGCGCGGAGAUUUUUCUGUGGCAGGCUAUUGGGUUUGUGGGGUUUUAUGCGUUUUUUGUCGGGUUGGUGUUUUGGAUGGAUUUGGGGAUUGGUGGAGGGAAGGAGAGAGGUGGGAGUGAGGUGGGGUUGAUAGGGGAGGUCGAGAUUGAGAAGGGUUUGGUGGGUUCUGGGGUUUUUGAGAUUGGGGAUGUGUUGAAGGAUGUGGAGAGAGGGAAGGCCGGUUUCGGGUUCGGUGAUGCACUUGGCAAGAUCUCGAAAGCAUGGGAACUUCCAGUUUCUUUACUUCUAAAGCUCACAAUCCCACAAACUGAACCUUCAGAAUGGAAUAGGUUCUAUCAAUCUGCAAAUAUUGCUCUUUGCCCACUUGCCCUUUUGUACUCCUGUAAUUCAUUCAUACCACUAAAUCAUCCCAUCAUUUUUCUCCUUCCACACACUCAUUUUCCAUUAUGGUCUGUCGUACUCUUUGCAAGCUCCUCCCUUGCAGUUCUUCACUUCAUAAUAGAAAAAGAGCCCCCUGAAACUGAAAGAAUGCCUGUGGUUCUUGUAGCCUUUAUAAUGAGUGUCUUUUGGAUAUCUACUGUUGCUGGGGAGCUCCUGAACUGCCUUGCAGCAUUAGGGUCACUUCUCGAAUUGCCUCCAUCACUCCUUGGGCUCACAGUACUUGCAUGGGGAAACUCAGUGGGAGAUCUUGUUGCUGAUGUGGCCAUUGCCAAAGCAGGCCAGCCAGCAAUGGCAAUGGCUGGGUGCUUUGCUGGCCCAAUGUUUAACAUGCUUGUUGGACUUGGGACAGCUUUGGUGAUACAAACUGCCAAUAUUUAUCCCCAAGCUUAUCAGCUCCAUUUCCACACGGGUAUUGUGAUUGCAUUUGUGUUCUUGCUGUCAAGCUUGAUGGGGUCUCUGUUAGUUGUAACUUGGGGUAGAUUCCGGGUGCCUAGGUUCUGGGGUUUCUGCCUUGUUGGUCUCUAUGUUGUAUUUAUGGUUGUUAGCAUACUCAUCGCAAAGUUUUCAGGGUGAUUUUUCCAACCCCCACAUCUACAGUUUCUUCAUUCAUUGCUAUAUUUAUCAUGCCGAUUACCAACCCAUAGUAGAAUUUCUCAGCAACAAAAUGUCGGGCAGCUCAUUGAUAUUCCAAGUUAUCAUCCACAGAUGGCAGAUUGUCAAUACAAGCGAUGUUUCUCGCUGCAAAAAUCUUGGCUUUCAUCUUUGUCAUCUUCCAAGCUAGGUACCUUAUACCUUACACAUUGGAUCAACGAUUCUUUACAUCUUGUUAGUUUCUGUUCUCCCCUAUUUGUCUUAUUAGUUUUUUAAUUCUUUUGACAAUGAGAUAUCAUAAUUUGUAUUGGAAGAAUCUACAUCUUUAUGAGCAUAUAAUUGUAAUAGAAAAUGUCUAAGCAGCAUCGUGAUAUGCCUCAAAAUCUAAUAACACUACAGCAUGUUUUCACA